GCCUAAUACUUGUUAUUUGUUAUUUUUGAGAGACACGACGUGGAACUAUAACACGACAGUAUGUUACUGAAAUAUUCACAAUCUGAGAAGAGGUCCAAAAUCAACGGGAACUCGAGGCAACAACGAAGCACCGGCAACAUGAAACUCCUCGCGGGGAGCACUACGCUGAACGCGCGCUUGCCGCGGAAGACUGUCAAAGGGUUCGCCGCUAAGCGGCCCUCUUCGCACCUGCGACCGCUGCCUGUGAGCGGGCGAGAGGAGCACCGCACUCCCAUCGACGCCUCCGACAACUCCAACGAUUCCGGCCUGGGCUUCGACCAGCACCUGGACGUGACCGGCACCGUGCACGCCGUGCUGCGGCUCUCGGAUCGAGAGCCUAUUUGGGAUAAUGGUCAUUCCGAGGCAAAACGUAAGAAACUGGACAUUAAGUUGGAAUCAGAUGAUGCCAAUGAUAACUUCAGUUUUUCUCAAGCAAUGAGCAAAUCACAUAAAGCUACUUCACAACCUGGAGGCUUGGAAUGCCUAAUGCCAUCGCGAGGCAGUGCUGGUGCCUCAGGGAUGCAGCGACCGCUGGGAGGAGCAAACAGCAAUGGCAGUGCAGGUGCUGGUGGAGGGGCUGGUGGUGUACAGCGAGGUUCACUGGGCCGGUUACCACCUCGCCCUGUCAGUGUUUCAGCACGAAGACCUCCAGGGCCUGUAUCUCUGUCCUCACCAUUAAUGGGACAAAGUCGUGAUGGUAGGGUGCAGCUUCAGAUUGCUUCCCAACCAGAACAGCAGCAUCGAGCCCGAUAUCAAACAGAAGGAAGUAGGGGUGCUGUCAAAGAUCGUAGUGGGAAUGGUUUUCCUGUCGUGAAGCUGACUGGGUACAACAAGCCUGCCACACUACAAGUUUUUAUUGGUACUGAUAUGGGCCGUGUGGCUCCUCACAUGUUUUAUCAAGCUUGCAAAGUCAGUGGUAAGAACUCCACUCCAUGUGUGGAAAAGAAAAUUGAUGGAACAAUUGUCAUUGAAGUGGAUUUUGAUCCAGCAAAAGACAUGACUAUAACCUGUGAUUGUGUGGGCAUUUUGAAAGAGCGAAAUGUAGAUGUUGAACACAGAUUUCCUGAUCAGUCUGGAACUCGUAACAAAAAGAAAUCUACACGGUGUCGAAUGGUCUUUAGGACUACUAUCACCCAUCCAGAUGGAUCAUCAGAGAUCCUCCAGACAUCAUCUCAGCCUAUUGUUUGCACUCAACCUCCUGGUGUACCUGAAAUUUGCAAGAAGUCACUUUCAACUGCUUCAUGUACUGGUGGUAUGGAAUUGUUUAUUUUAGGGAAGAACUUUCUUAAGGAUACACGUGUUGUGUUUCAACAAAGUGACAUUGAACCACCAUGGGAAGAAACUGUGCAGCCUGAUAAAGAGUUUCUUCAGCAAACACACUUGGUUUGUAUUGUGCCAGCCUAUCAGCGAUGUGACAUUCUUGAACCAGUUACUGUGCGGUUAUUAGUCACAUCAAGUGGUAAGACAAGUGAACCUCACUCAUUCACUUACAUGCCAGCCCCGAAUCCGGUACUCCAACCUGCAGGUAGGCAGACCUAGCACAGGGAUGCAGCCCAGCGAGAGGGCACUUCUUUGAACGGCCAGCCCACACCUUGGAGUGGAAGCUAGGCAGGAUGGUAGAGAAUUGACAGGCCAUAAUUCAAGGUCUUGUGAAAUCUCAGUUUUUUAUUUUGGUAUGUAGUUUGUUCUUUAGCAAUUUUGUCCCAAUUUUAAAAAAAGUCUAAAAGUUUUACCUGUUUGUUAGUAACUGAAGAAAUGUGACAGCCAUUUUUUUUUUUUCCAUUUUCUGCAAUUUGUUUUUGGCAUGAAUUGCUUUGCAUUUGCCUGCCUUUAUUCAAUGUAACAUUAAUCGAAUUUAGUAAACUCACUGAUCAGUUCUUGCAUUUUAAUGCCAGGCUACAAUAAAAAUUUUAUCUAUAACUAACAUUUAAAAUAAUACGAAGUAUGCAUUUUUUUGUUUCAUUAUUUUUAAUUAAUAUUAUAAUUUAUAAGAUCUUUCUUUUGAAUUAAAUUUUGGUCAAAUACCUAUUCCACUAGUUUUAGGAUUUUUCUCAGUGAAAAUAUAACAAAGAAAAAUAUUUGUUGUCAAUGUGGUAUUGAGCCUUAAUUCUAAUGCAAAAGAUCUUUAAUGUUUUUCUACUUUAUAUAUUAGUGUGUACAGCAAAGCAUUCAAAACCAGAAGGUUCAACCCUAUUAACUACAUAUUAAUAUGUAUUUUGGCAAACUUUCCUUCUUUCAUUCUUUUCAUUCCCUUGCAUUACUAUUUUGAAUUUGCCAGACAAAUGCUUAUAUUAGGCUGGUGCCUGUAUAUUUGUUGGUGCAUCCUGUGUAGCUUUCUCUUUAUCUGGGUUAAUCAUGGCUAGAAUCAAUUUGUCUGAAUGUUCAGAGAUGUCCUCAUGCAAGACACCAUAUAUCUGUGGUACUAUUCUAAUUUUAUGGUGGUGAAGCUGUGCUUGAGGCACUCCAAUAUCAAUAAAUUUUUACCUAUUACUUUGAAUCCAUGAAUAGCCAUGUGGACUAGUCGUUCUUAAUUUUCUAAUUAGAAGUGAAGCAUGCUCUUGUAUGCUUCUGAACUAUUAUAUUUAAAACUUCCAGUUUAUUUUCUAAAUUUUGUGGAUUCAAUUUUGGUUAUUGGUACAUUAUUAAUUGUACUUUAAUUAAUCUUGAGUCAACAAGAUAUUUAAAUAGAAAUAGCUCAAAGUUAAUCAAUGAAUCAUUAUUGUAUAAAAAUGGCUACCAUUAAAUAUUGGUUCAGUUUUUGGUUUCUUACUCUUGCUUGUAAUGUAACUGGAAGUUUUUAACAUACUUAUAGAAAAGCAGAGCAAUAACAGUUAUUACCUAAUUUUGAUAAUUGAUUAGAAUAAAGCCUCUUUCAUUUCAAUGACUGGAAAAUAUGCAUUUUACAUUGCUUUUGCACAUUCAAGGUUAAAACUAUUGUUGCUUUGCUAAAUCUUCAUAUUUUCACAAUGAGGGGCAAAUGCACAUGAUUCUAUGUUGUAUGUUUGUGCUGUAUGUGAGAACAAAAGACAUUGUAUGCCAGGGGGAGCAUGGAUGGUUGAGUGGUUUGCAUGUGUCAUUUGCCUCAUUUCAGUUUAAUUGGUCAUCAAGAGCAAGGUUUCGUGGACUUAAAUCAAACUUCAAAAUUUUGUUGAUACUUUAAAUGUGAAAUAUUGAAUGACUUUAUAAGUAGCUUUUCUAUAUUUGGGAAGCUUUAUGAAAUUUUAUGUACUGCUAUGGAAUUCUUGCUCUGUCUGAAUCAGUGUGGCGUAAGAUUUCUUUAUAAUUCUAUUAAUGUAACUUGCUUUUCUUGAAUUUUGCUCUAUUAAAGUAAAAUUAUCUUUUACAUUUGUAUUUAAUUACCAUUUGCUGAUUUUCAACAUACAGUAAGCAUUAAUAAAGUAGAAUUCUUUGAAGCAAUAUUCAUAAUGUUCCAUUGUGAUUGUUUUGAAAAUAAUAUAAUAGCUUGAGACUUGUAUCUGAGAACUACUUUUUAAUCUUACGUCAGAACUGAACAGGAUAACUAUUGUGUUUACUGUUUAACUUGACUUUUCUAUGCGUUUGCUUGUUCCCCCCACAGCAGAAUUUCAGGGCAGAAUUUCAGCUGUUUGGAGUUGGCGCAUCUUGUCAGGGCGCCAGGGGGUGCACCCGGGCUGCGCUCGCUAAUAAUUCAGGUUCUGUCAUCACGGUGACUACUAUCCUACACUCCACUUACGCAACACCACACCAUUUGCUACACAUUCUAUUGUCUCGGUACUCUUUAUUGGCAAUGACCAAUUUAUCACAACUUGUUGGUAACAUUAUGCCCAAGAGCGACAUCUUGCACAAAGUUACACAAUUUUUUAUUUGUGGCCAUAGAACUCUUGACACUCAUAACCAUGUCAUUUAAUUAUAAAUACUUUUGGUGUGUACUUAAUGAUCACUUUGAAUAUUUUAUUUCAUUUCAUUUCAUUUUAUUUUAUUUUAUUUUUGCCAAGGAUUCACUUUCUGAUGUGUCUUGUCACUCGUUUACUUAACGCUGUGUACAGAGCAGUUUUUAAGACUUACUCUAUCCAAAGUAGGUUAAUGAUUUUUCUUCUUUUGGCCAUGCCCAUAUGCACAUGUAGGAGGACCCCUCUCGGGGAUAGUAUUGUAAGUGAAGGCUUUGUCCUGACCAUACAUGUUGCUGUACAAAAUGGCCACUUCAUUUUGUGUAAGUAAGCCUGACUUUUUUCUCAGACUUGAUUGUCUUGGUAGAUGUUAAGUUGUGUAUGAUGUGGCAAGGUUUCUUUGGACACAUCAUAAUUAUGGACUCUAAUGCUUUGCCUUCAGACCUGAGCACAAAGUAUCUGCCAUACAAUUAUUUAAAGUUUAAUACAAAACUUUGAACAUUUUAUGGGAAGGACAAACUUGUCUCAGGUCAGAAGUCAACACUGCCUUUUAACACAUGCAAGAAUCUUAGUUUUAUGUCUUUUUUAAGAUAGUCACACUCAGUUCAACAUUUUAUAGUUUGUAAUAUUAGAAUAUCUGGUUUAGGUAUGGUUGUUGUGGUUAAAAAUAUGUGCAGUGUAGUAUUAGAGUGCUGUUAAGAGGCAAACAGUAUUGAUUUUUAAUUUUUUGUUACUCUCAUGACUGCAUUUGAAUGUCAGUUUUCUCAGUUUCAUGUUGUAAGAGAUUUCAUUGUCAAUGAAGCAUUCUUUAAAUUUGGCCUUCUUUUACAUUUGCAUUAGUUCAGUGGUUUUAAUGUUGCUAUGUUAUAGAUAUUUACAUUUAUUGAGCAGUAAAAAGGAAAGUUGUGUAAUUAUGAUGCAUGAAUUAAGGAAGCAGAGAAUUAAGGUUGCACUAAGAAAUCUAUUCAUUUGAGAGAAAAUAUUAAUAACAAUAGUUUUAGAUUAUUCCAGUUACACAUCAAUAUUUUACUAUAUUUCAUAAGAGAUAUUGCGUUUAUAACGAAAAACAGGUGUGGAUUUUUGACUUUGUCACUGCUCUGCUUAGUUAAACUAAAGCUCACAAAGUAUUACCAUUGGCAAGUGAGUGCUGAGAUAUUUAGUCUUAAAAGCCUUUUGAAAGAACUGUUAAGUGAACAUAUCAUAGUAAUAUUUUACAAACUAAAAAAGUGAAUCAGAUUGCCAUAAAAGAGAACAUUGUUUGAAAGAAAGAAAAAGAAAAAAAGAAAAAAAAAGUAAAGGAAAAAUAUCAUCCUUUUGUUCUGCAUUGGUCUUGAUGUGAAACAUCUGCUUCUGAUUCCUUCCAGCUGCAGAAGAAGAAAGAAGACAGAUGCCAGGAGCAUUGACUCAGUUUGUAAAGUUUUACAGGUUUCUCUGGUGGAGCUGGAUGCUGAAUCUAAUCCCCCCAAUGCUAGAUCCUCAGUGCUUGGUUUGCAUUGUGUGUUGUGUGAUUGUGGGAAUAAAUCAGGUAGCAUGCAGCAAACCUGUAAAGAAUGACUGUUUCUGGCAGCAGUUCAGACAUAUGCCUGAAUAUGAUGCUUAUAUGAAGAUUUGUUUAAAUUUUACCUUGUUUAAAUUUGAAACUGUAUUUUACUGUGCAAAUUGGCACAUUCAAGUUUUCAACAAACAAGCAAAUGUUUCAACUGUUUGAGAAAUGAAAUGUCUAUAGCAUGUUUCUUGUGAUACCCUUCUCAAAUUAUUGCUGUUAGUACAGUUCAUUGUCAGUAAAUAAUUUUAAAUAAAAAUUAACAAAUUUUCAAAAAGUACACUUAGCUACUUGCAUUCAUGUAUCUUUAGUUUAUCAUUCCCUACUAGACUUACACGUUCUUUCAAUUGUGAACUCAAACUUCCUUAUUCACUAAUUGUUUUAGCGGUCCUUUUUUUUUUGUGAAACGUCAACCAUUCCAAUGGGAUGGACAAAAGAUUUGAAUAAUACUAUAAAGGUUUUCCUGAAAUUCAGCAUUUUAAAAAUUGUUCACGAGUUAUCUUAACUUCUGUAUUUAUAUUGAGCUUUAAAAUUUGUAUCAAAACAAAAUGAGAUUUGAAAUGAAAUUUUUACUUAAAAGUUGGCAUAAGUAUUUUAUUGAAAAUGCAUUUGAAAGUAAAUAAAUGAGUUGUUAUAUUGUAUGGUAUGAAAAUUGAAAAUUAGUUGAAAUGGGAUAUAUAUUUAGAAAAUAUAUGCUGGUCUGUUAAAUGCCAAUGAAAAACUCAAAUAUACAAAUAGAAGAAGGAGAGAAAAAAGAGAAUACCUACUAGGUAAACAAUAAUCCGAAAAGAAAAGAAAAAAAUUAAAACAGAAAAAUAAUUUUUUGGGGAAAUGCUGGACUAAUGUAUGAUGAAUGAAUGUGAGAGAGCAUGUGAGUGUUAUUUUGUGUUUGCAUUUGCUCGAUGUGAGAAAUUGAGGCACAGGUAGUGAGGAUCGUGCCACCUAAGCCAAAUUUAAGUUUAAAAUUCCAGUUUAAAAGAUUAUACUAAUAAGAAUUGCACUAUUGAACUUUCCCCCCAAUCUUCAUGAUCUUUAUAACAUACCUACUUUGAUUGUUUAUUAUAGUUUUCUGUAAUUCAUUUUUAAUUUGUUAUGAAUUUGGCUUGAGUGGCUGCUACCUUUUCUAGCCCCCAUUUUAUUUCAGGAUGCUCUGGCGAAUUUCUCAUUUUGAUCCUUAUUUCAACACAUAUUUCACUGUGAAUGUUGCUUGUCUGCAGUGGGCACAUCAGACAUCCCUCAGACGUGCUUAAACUUGGUUUCAUCUGGGGUCCCCCAUGGGUGUGUUGACCUGAAUCGAGUGUUCAACAAACCACCUCUUGGUCCACCAUCUGGGCUGAUUCUACCUGGAACACCAACCAAGCCGCCACCUACCAUGUUGCCUGGAUUGCCAAACCAGUUUUUGCCUGUUGAUCCUCCUCCUGCUCGUGUGAAAAAAGAUGUUCAUCCGAUCAGACUCUGGACAUCGAUGCCUCUUGUAGGAGAUCCUGUAAAGGCAGAAGGCUUGAAGGCCAGAGAUAAUGAACAGAGUAAAAUUCAUGGUCUCAAGAUGAUGCCGCCACCUCCUCCACUUUUGCCCAUUGCACGAGGAUCGUCUUCGAAUGUUCUCAUUAUCCCUGACAUUGAACCUGAUUUAAAGACUGAAGUUCUGGAUGAAUCUAGCCAAGAAUCUGUACAACUAUCUCCUGAAGAAUUGAAAGGGAUUGAUUUGCGCAUGAAACCUACAGCUUCUGUGGGGCCUAUUGCUACUGUUAGCGACUUGCUUAGUACUCAGUCCCCUUCUCUGGCUACUUUCCGUCGAUUUGUAUCUAAUCCUAGUGAUGCUCCUCUCCCAACACAAAGUGGACAGAGUGUUGAAAAAUAUUUAUCUCACAUUGAGAAUCCAGUAGCUCCUAAAGCUGGAGAUAGUGGUGGUGGCAGCGGGGCCGGGGGUGGAAGUAAUAGUAGUGGUGGAAGUGCCAGUGCUUCAGCGACGAUAACUGCAACAGCAAUUGCAGUACCAUCUGCUGCUCCAGCUGCAAGUCCAACAGACUCAGCUGCACAAGAAUUAGCGAUGAACAAAAUGUGUAAUGCUGAUACUACUAUCAACUCUCAAUUUAAUAAUCCCAUAAUGUUUGGUCCUUCUCAAGCAACAAACAGUGGCCUUCUAGCCCCUAGCUUACCACCAACAGUGUCAGAAACUCAGAAAAUUUCUUUUGGUAAUGAUCUAACCUUGCCCACUAUAUAUAGCUCUGCUUCUUCUGUGGUAGAGAAAGAACAAAAACCUCAAUUAGUAGAGCAAGCUACUCUUCAAGACACAAUGGCAUCUAGAUUACUUGCCGUUGGCCUGAACACAGUGGUUCCUGCAAGUCAAGCAAAGUCCAAGUAUCAAGAAAAUUCCCUUCCUGGUUUGUGCUCUGCUCAAUCUAUUCCUUCUGCUCUCCUCCCAACAGUAACAAAUGCAACUCUUCCUGAUUUUACAGCCUCAGGUCCCAAUAGUAGUGAAGCAUCUUCAUUAAGUGUUCCUACUCUCCUUGGCUCUAUUGGUAGUUCUUCUACCAUUAUAGAAAAUGGUACUUCUCUUAUCUUUAAUAAUACACAACAGCAAGAUCAUAAAAGUCUUCUUUCUUCUGCGGAAGUGUCUCAAAAGGCAGAUGAACAGUUAAUCGACUCCAGCAAAAUCAGUAAUCAUUCCUCAUCUUCUUCACCGUCAUCAACAGUUGGAGUUAUUGGAUCUUCACACAACAUGCUGUCAUCAUCUGGAAGUUCCUCUGAUAAUCCAACUCUGAACAUUUCAGCUCAAUCUGGUACAAUUGCAGGAAACUUACUUGCUGCCACUCAGGCAGAAUCGGCUAUAAUGAGUGGAACAUCAGAUACCAGACUUGACGCUUUGGUUUCAUCAGCUAUUGAGAGUCGUAUUUUGGAAGCUAAUUGUCAAAAUCAGACUGCUGAAAAGUUAGAUGUAUUUUCAUCAACACAAAGUAUAAUACAAGCUGUAACAACAGAUAAUGCAGUUUUAGGUGCACAGACCCAGGUGCCUCUUAGUGACUCCCUUGGUACAAACCAGAAUACAUCAUCAUCUCCAAUUCAUUGUCAAGAAAUGUCUCUGAAUUCAUCAUUAACAGUACCUUCUGUGAAUACUUUUCCAUUGAAUACAUUAUCUCCCGCCCAAACUACAGCCCAAAUUACGCAAGAAAAUAUAAUUCUCAACAACACUUUAACAAGUGCUUUCAGCACACAUCUUCUAAACACAGAUUCCAAUGCCAAAGCAACAGAUAUUACGCUGAGUCCUGUACGUGAAUCUAACUUGACCUUGGAGCCUGUUGCUUCUGCUGAAGCUUCUCAUAUUGUUUUAAGUAAUCCAGCUUGUGCACCUCCUAUUGCAAUGAAGAGCAUCAUCAUGAGUUCUGCCAAUUCUAGUGUUGAAAAUAGCCUGUUGAAUUCUGGUACUAUCCAGAGCCCCCAGAUAUCAGGAAAGAACAUAGUUAAUUCUUCAACCAUUGGAAGUAGUAAUAUUUCUAAUGUCACCCACACAUCCCCAGUAGCAAUGAAAACAAUGAUUCUAGCGGACAAAGCAACAGUGAUGACAACUGCUAUGGAUGUAAAAGAUAUUCUUGCACCAACAACUGCAAAGGAAGAGAUCACACUUGCUGCAGGAACUGCUCACUGUACAUCACCUAUUGCUAUGAAGAAAAUUAUUUUGGAAUCAGCAUCUGUUGUGGACCAAGCACUAGGAGUUAAAUCUAUACUUAAUUCUCAGCCAUCAGACAAUCUCUUAGCAUCAACUGUACCUCAUGUUACAUUGUCUUCUGAUAAAUUGGAUGCAUUAGUAGAAUCAACUAUGAGUAAACAUGUUCUUACAUCACCAGUUCAAACCACAGCUAGUGGUAUGAGUAUUGAUGGGACUGCUGUCUGUUCUUCAACUAAUUCAUUGCCACUCACCACCCAAUCUUUAGCUACUAUUUUGGGUUCAAACAUGCCUUCAAAUUUACCAAAUAGUACUUCCUUACCUGGUACAAGUUCGACAUUGUUGCCUGAAUCUGAAACAAGGGAGUUGCAUAAUUCAACAGGUGUCAGUCCAAUUGAAAAUUCCAAUGUUGCCCUCACAUCUCCUCAAACAUUACAAAGUGGAUCACCAGGAAUUCUUUCUUCACAAACACCAUCAGUGUCAGGGACAUCAUUGAUGACAAUAUUUUCUAGUGAAAAUGAAUCAACAAAAAGCCAAACUUUGGAAUCUGUUCCAUCAGUGUCUACAACUUGCUCAUCUCUUUUGAAUCACCAUCUUGGCAUGUUUGGACCACAGCCUAAUGUAACAGUUCAUACAUUGUUGAGCUCAAACCAGAGCAGUACUGAUGCCCAAACAUUAAGUCAUACAAUUCCCUUCACCUCUACAAAUUCAAACACUUCAGGACUGAUGAGCACUGCACCUUGUACUGUUUCAAAAUUGGGAGAAGUAUCUUCUACGACAGUGCAAGAAGGGCAGGCACAAGCCAGACUGCUGAAUGAAGCUUUCAUGGUUUUGGCAAAUGGUGAUAACAGAAAAAACCAAAUAGAUGUGAUAGUUACACAAGAUAACAAAGUGAAUAAGGAAGUUGUAACAAGUGUAAAUUGUAAAAUUGCAGAAGGCAGCAGUGUUCAAUCGUGUAGUUCUGCAGUCACAAAACUUGAUGUUCAAGCUGUACAUAUGCAGCAACAGCAACAAAAAAUAAUGGCCCAACAGCAGAAUUUACCAGAUCAAGAGAAACAGGGAGAAAAAACACUUAUUGUUACAAAUGCUUCUCUGUCUGUCCCUGUUACUGACAUUUCAUCUGUCAGACAAACUGCAAAGGAUUCAGUUGCUGCAGUUGCAGCCCCUACUCCCAAAAAACUGGAAGAAGGUAUGGUGCCUCAAGAACUAACUCAGAUGUCAGAAAGUGACUUGUUGAGUUACAUUAAUCCCAGCUGCUUUGAUCAGGUAUAAUUGGAUAGAAGAAGCUGUUUGGACUCCCCCAGUUUCCAGUAUUACUGCUGAUUGAUGUCUGAAAAUGUCUCCUCUGCGAGGAAACGUGAUAUAGUUAGCUUUCUUUUGUUUAUUCAAGAUAUUACCAUGCAUAGAUGUUAAAAAAGCAGUUUGUACUUACUGCAUAUUUAUAUUGUAAUACAGUGUAUAUAUGUAUGUUUCUCAUUUUUUUAAUGUAUGGUUCACCAUGUAAAUGUUCUGUUAAUUUUGCUAUUUUUGCUUUGUUUUUUCUCAUAGAUAUAUUUGUGUAAAUGUAUAUAUACAUAUUUUUGUGUGUGAAAAGAACGAUGUAUGUAAAUUGUUAACUGAAGUACCUAAUUUACUGCUAAGCAAGUACAUAAUGUGUGUAUGGAAUUUGUACAGUUGUGGUAUGAUAAUGUGAUACAUUGAAUGCAGUUAUUCUUGAUAUCUUUUUUUAUUUUAUUAAAGUACAGCUUUGUUCAUGUAUAAACUUUUAUGUUAAAAGAUUUGGUAAUACUCCUAAGUUUAUUACUUUUAUGGGCAGAUGUGAACUGAAAGCUACCCAUUACGCUUUCCUGUGGUGUGAUUAAUCAGAGAGUUAAACUGAAAAAUAUGAUUUAUUACAGUCGCUCUUUGCUUUUCAGAAUUACAUUUUUAUAUUUUAAAACCUUAUAGAGCACCUGAUUUGUGGAUGUAGGAACUUGCUUCUAAGAAGCUGGCAAAAAUGUGUUCUACUGUGUAACAGUGUAGCUCAUCAAGAUCAUUAGCUUCCAAAUACUAAUAUUGUGUAGCUUGCAAGUGUAGUUUUGUUAAGUGAGGUGCAUGAACUGCAGUGUCUAUAAGCCCCAACAGCCCUGUUCUUUAUUAUAAUGAACAAGUCAUAUGGCCAUUUAGUCAGAAAGACUGAUAUAGAAUCUGUUAAUUAAUAACUAAGUUAAAAUUGUAAGAGUCAAUAUUUGUAGUUGAUUAAUACAUAAAUUAUCCAAUAAUUCAGUUGUCACAUUGCCUCCGAAUCUGAAGAAAAAUUAAAUUAUUGAUGUUUUGUGAUUUUAAAACAUUUAACAAGUUGUGUUAUUCAUAAUGAUUGACAAUUGUGAAGGUAAAAUUUGCUUCAGUGAUUCGAAGUAACAAUUGAUAACUGAUUUCGUUACGACUGAUUACUAAUUACAGAAUGAAAAUAAUUCCAACCAUAUAUUGUACACUGAAAGCAAAAUAAAAUAUAUUUUGAAUACUUUUUUCUGAGGUGAAAAUUACAUGUUGCUAAAAUUUAGUACAAGUUUUUGAAUUUCUUUUGUUGCGUUAUGUGAAAUUAUGAAAUUUGAACAUGAAUCCAAUACUGCACAGUUAAGGGUGUAAAAGUUUUCUUUGUUUUCCUUUCUUUAUUUUCUUCUCAAAGUUGUAUCUGCUUUAAACUACUUUUUUUCCACAAUGGUCUAGAUAUGUAAAUCAUUCCAAAAUUUAUGUGUAAUGAAUGAAAUAAUUGAAUGAAAAUCGAUUUUUGGUUCCACAACAGUCUUGUGGAAACAAGUAACUUUAGCACAAGUUACUUGUUUUCCACAAUGUUAAUUAACCCUUCUCUUGUGCAGGUGUGCGAUUUUAUGUUCCAUGUUAUGUUUCAUUGAUUUCUGUCAGACCGAAAAGUUUGAAAUGUAAUCAUAACAUUAAUGACGGUUUUAUUGCUUGGUACAACACUUAUCUUCCAAAUAAGAAACCCCCCUCAGAAAAUUUACUUUUGUUAUAAUAGCAAAUAUAUUAACAAAAUUGGUUGUGAUUAAGAUGAAAAGCUAUUGAAUUCUAUAAGCUUAUUAGUGCUUAUCCCAUGUUUUAAGAAUACUUUAUCUAGAGUUCAUGUUUGAGUAGAUCAAUGUUAAUUUGUGUAAUGUAUGUAUGAGGAGUGAGAAAUCUCAUGGGCUUCAUAUCAUGUGUCAUUUGUGUGCAAAAGUAUUAUUAUCCAGUUGGUCCUGAACAAUGGCAGAUUUUCUGAAGUAAUGAACAACUAAUUUAAGGUAAAUAUCUGCAUGAAUGAAUAAUGCCCUUUUCUGUGGUAUGCCAAGAUUUCAUAUCUGCCUAACUUCAUUAAAUUCUGUAAGAUGGCCAGAUGCGAGUACUUCAGGUUUAUAUAUCUGCCACAUUUUGAAUACUGUCUGAUUGACAUGUUCAGAAUGCUGAAAUUUUUCCCAUUGGGAAGUUUAAUUCUUGCCUUUCGUUCAAUGAAAGGUCAACUUGCCUGCGUUCGCCAAUGGUAUCGCAUUGUGUGUUUUAUUGUUCAGGUGCAUAUGUAUCUUGCAUAAAACAUGAAUUUGUAAAACAGUGUAAAAAAUAAAAUAUAAACUUUAUGCUUGUGUUAGCUUUUCAUAUUUUGUCUUGUAAUCUUGCCAUGCAAAUUUUGUAUCAAGACUUUUGUAGAAAGGGUUGAAAAAUACGUAGACUUUUUUUAAGCUUAAGGGAUGUCCAGAAAAUGCCAGACUGCCAAUAUUUUUUUUUAAUGUCUUGUAACAAUACAAAAGAUGAUUUAUUGUUUAUGGCCUCAACUAGAUACAAACAAGGAAGACAGAACAAUACCUGUUGGAUCAGAUCCUCAUUCUGUGCGAGCUCUUUUAUUAGCUGAUACACAUUUACUUGGUUCUCGCAAUGGACACUGGUUUGAUAAGUUGAGAAGAGAGUGGCAAAUGUAUCGAGCAUUUCAGACAGCAAUGGUAAUUCACAAACCUGAUGUGGUCUUUGUUUUAGGAGAUCUUUUUGAUGAAGGCUUGUGGUCCAGCGAACAAGAAUUCAAUUAUUAUGUUAAUCGUUUUAAUGAUUUAUUUGAAGUUCCUGUGGGAACACAAAUAUUUGUUGCAGUAGGAAAUCAUGACAUUGGUUUUCAUUAUGGGUGGAAGACUGAAAUAUUCCAGGUCUGCUGCUUAACCAGGAACCCCCCGACCUUUCAUCCUGCCGUUCAUGACAAUGAUGAUGAUGAUGAUGAUGAUGAUGAUGAUGAUGAUGAUGAUAUUAGGCUGAUUACAUACAGAAGACUGAAAUGUAGUAGAGGUGUUGGCAGAUGUGAAAAUGGCAUGGAGUUAUCACAAUACAGUCAACCCAUUCUUCUUCAGCAUUUUCCUAUGUAUCGUGAAUCUGAUGCUGAUUGUCACGAACCUGAUGAAGCACCAGAGGAUGAAAAGACUCAGAAAUUUCGUGAGAGAUGGGAGUGUCUUUCUAAAGAAUCGUCGGAAAGGUUGCAUGAAAUGCUGCAGCCACGUCUCAUUGUAACAGGUCAUACCCAUCAUGGUUGCCAUCUUGUUCAGAAGGGUGUACACGAGUACACUUUACCAUCUUUUAGUUGGCGAAAUAAAGAUAAUCCUAGUUUUAUGUUGGCUGUAUUCACUCCAAACAAUUAUGCAGUAUCCAAGUGUUAUAUGCCUCAAGAGUCUACUUUUGAAAAAUUAAAUUACAUUGUUCGGUCAACCAUUUUACCUGUCCCUCGUGGGCCUGAUGUACCAAUAGCUGUGAGACCAGAAAAUAUUGAACGGAUUGCACCCGAAUCUGAUAUAGAAGUGAAGGAAAUUGAGACGAAUGACACUGACUCCUUAAUAGCAUCGUCUGCUGCAGAACAUGGCUACCUUGUAAAUUUGCCUCAAUCUGACAGAACUUAUGCUGAAACUGCACUUUCAAACUAUGAUCCAACACAGUUAGAUUAUUUUAAAUAA